AUGGACACAACUGACCGUCUCGUCGCACAAAGACGUAACAUGGACAAGAAUGUCAUCUUGCGCCUCUAUUAUGCAAUUCCGUACGGCGAAACAACCACCGAUAAUAGCAUGCAAAAAUGCGCACAUUAUUGCCGCCCACGCCGCAGUAGGCAACCGAUAAACGAUGGUGUUGAUAAUGAUCGUCGUGAACGCGCUCAAACACGAAAAGAUGAGACGCCUGCUGUCAGCAAUGAAGAUGCGUUUGACGGCCAGCCUUAUAUCGAGUUUCGCUUCGAUACCGUCCGCAGGCAUCCUCAAGGUUUCCUUGUUGGCGCUGACCCGGGAUGCGACUUCCAAUUGCUUGGUGACUUGGGGCUUAGCAGCAAACAUCUUUGUAUCACCUUUGACGACAAAAAGCACUUGGUAGUCAAAGAUUUGAGGUCUGCAAACGGCACAGUGGUCUCCUAUUCGGACAAGAUUCCCGACAGACGCUGCCACUUUACGUGGAUCAUUGGUGGCAUCGAUCAAUUCCACGAAGAGGCCAUCGAGAUCCAAAUGGGGUUUAUCUUGAAAUUGAAGGCCUUGAUCAACCAUGCUAUCUUCGCCGAUGAUGGCUCUGCAUCGUUGAUUGACCAGUUUCGCAGCCAAAUGACUGAUGAAGAUAUUCCUUAUACUUCUGCUUUAUCGGGUGGUGAAGAUCUCUCUGUUCCUAAAUGGAGAGAUCUUUAUACUUCUGCCAACACAUUGAGUAAUGCAGAUAUUCAUGGCAUGUUAUUGAAGAGCCGAGGGCAGACAGCUACUGCAACAGAAAUGCACACCCCCAGCACCCGUCCGCUGUAUCUAGAUUGCAACAUAGGCAUGGGGUCAUUCGGCCAGGCAACACGCUGGAUAAACAUGAGCACGGGCAAGGAUUAUGUGGAAAAGACGCCAAUCGGGAACUACGACGCGGAGAAAUGGGAAAACGAAAUAAGCAUCAUGCAAAGGCUCGGAGAGCAUGAAAACAUUGUACCGCUCCUACACUAUGUCAAAGUUCCUCAAUGGACCAUAUGCUUGCCGUAUUAUGAACUCGGUAGUCUUGAGAAGAUUUGGAAGGGUCUGGAACUCACGCUCGGCCACGUCAUGGAGUUGUUAAAGCAAUGUCUGGCCGGCCUCAAACACGCGCAUGCAAAACAUUUUGCUCACAGAGACAUGAAGCUCUCAAACAUUCUCGUUGAGAGUCUGACGCCUUUCAGGAUUCGACUCGCAGAUUUUGGCGAAUCAAAAGCCACAAACAUCUCUGUCCCCCAAUCGUACUGCGGCACAGAAAUAUACAUGGCCCCCGAAGUAAUCAAAAGCAGAAGUAAUUGGGGCGGUUGCUACUCAAUUGUCUGCGAUCUAUGGUCACUGGGGGCCAUGCUCAGCGAGGUGCUGUUUGGCAAACCGCAGUGGCCUCGGAACCGAGCCAUCAACCAGGCAUACUGCGACGCGGUUCGGGAGCAGACGCAAAGCACUUGCGAGGCGGAUCUGCAAGGCUUGCAGAGGUUCUUGUUGCAGAAUCUUCUUGUUGUGGAUCCUAAGCAGCGCCCAACGGCCGCUGAUUGCUACGAGCUGGCCAUGUCCCUGCCGCCCGUCAACGAACCAUCACGGAUCAUGACUUGUCCCCGGCGAGCGACUAGUUUACCUACGGAGAUUCCUACCUGCUCGAAGACACCGAGAAACAACAAAGAGGGCGACCCUGUUCAGUCAUCGGGGCUCAGCACGAUACGUCCUCUCCCCGGCCACGGAUCGAAGCGACGUCUCGAGGACGAUGCGGAGGCGGGGCAAGAAUCUCCCGGCCCGAAGCGGCCCUUUGCAGGGAAAAUGCUAGGCAAAAGGCUCGCCGAACUGCGACCUGUACCUGUAGGCGAUGUGGGCGCCGUAUCUGAGAAGCCUGUACCUGAUGGCUCCGAUCAAACGGCGCCGAGCGACCAGCCAUCCCUUCCCGCUGGCGCGAGCGGUGCCGGCAGCGCCAUUCGUGAGCCGCAGCUCCAGCUCUCCAAAGCCGAGCCAGCCCAUCGCCGCGCCGCCGUCAACUCUGCCAGGCCAGGUUCGCCAGUGCACCCGGCCGUCUCACCGGUGCCGCAAAGCCCCAUGCGGCGUGCUCACGACGUGCGCUCUGCGAACCGCACCACUCCCGCUCGCGAGCCGCGAUCUCAGCUUUCCGAGGCAGAGUCAACCCAUCGCGGUCCCGCCGUCGCCUCUGCCAGACCGGGCUCACCGGUACCGCAGAGCUCCGAGCGGCCUGCUCACGAUGUGCUCUCUGCGAACCGCAACAGCACCACUCGCAAGCCGCGGUCCUAG